AUGGCGACCCAGAAGAGAGAUGCGAAGGGCAAGAAGCUCGCGGUCAUGAACAAAUACGUCUACGAUGCUUUCUUGUGGACGUUCUCGAUCCUGGUAGAGCUCUUCUUCCGAGAAGUGCACCCCAGAAGUAGUUGGAAGGUGCCAAAGGAAGGUCCAGUUAUUUUUGUGUGCGCCCCGCAUGCAAAUCAGUUCGUCGAUCCCCUCAUGUUGAUGCGAGUCGUGAAGAAAGAAGCCGACCGAAGAAUCCAAUUCCUGAUCGCCGACAAAUCCAUGAAGCGCAAGUUCGUAGGCGCAAUGGCAGGCUUGACAGGUGUCGUGCCUGUAGGAAGAGCCAUGGACAUGACGAAGCCUGCAGAGGGCAAGAUAUACCUCCCCGAUCCUAUCAGCGAUCCUACACUCGUUCGUGGUGUAGGCACCAACUUCGAGGAUAAGAAUUUCCAAGUCGGCGGCUCGAUCGUAUUGCCCAAGGUGGACAACAAGGCAGCAACCGCUGAGAUACUCGAGAUCAAGGGCCCAGAAGAGAUUAGGCUGAAGCGUGGUUUCAAGGGAGGUGUUGCCAUGCAGCAGAUGACCGGACGAAACGACAUGACCAAGGACGGCACGUUCGUCGAUGGAGCAAAUGCGAAGAAGGGUAUUGCUGAUGGUUACGAGGGAACUCCCUUCCAGGUUGCGCCGAAGCUUGACCAAACGGAGGUUUACGAUGCGGUACACGCGGUUCUUCACCACGGUGGAAGCAUUGGUAUCUUCCCUGAGGGUGGUAGCCAUGACCGUACAGAUCUCCUACCUCUGAAAGCUGGUGUUGCUAUCAUGGCGCUCGGUACAGUCGCAACGAAGCCAGACUGCAACUUGAACAUCAUUCCCGUCGGCAUGAACUACUUCCACGCACACAAGUUCCGAUCAAGGGCUGUCAUCGAGUUUGGUACACCGAUUCACGUACCACCUGAGCUAGCGCAGAAGUUUGAUGGGCCUGGAAGACGUGAGGCGAUCGGCGAGAUGCUGGAAACCAUUCGUCAAGGACUCAUCUCUGUUACCGUCACGACGCCAGACUACGACACACUCAUGGUUAUUCAAGCUGUACGCCGCCUCUACAACUCCAAGGGCACGAAACUUCCUCUUCCCAGGAUCGUUGAGCUUAAUCGCCGCCUCGUCCAGGGUUACGAACGUUACAAAGACGAUCCUCGUAUCGUUGAGCUCAAGAAGGAGGUCACAACUUACAACGGCAAGCUGAAGGCGCUCGGCCUCAGAGAUCACCAGGUCCAAUACGCGAAGAUGCAUCCUAUCACAGCAUUCGGGCUCUUCUUCUACCGUCUUGGAAAACUUCUCUUUCUGAGUAUGCUUGUGCUUCCCGGAACCCUACUUUUCAGUCUCGUCUUUAUCGUCACCAAGGUCGUCUCAAUCAAGAAGGCCAGGGAAGCACUCGCUGCAUCGAACGUCAAGGUCCAAGCCAGAGACGUCAUGGCUACAUGGAAACUUCUGGUUGCCAUGGCUGCCGCCCCGACAGCUUACGCCUGGUACGUCUGCCUCGGCCUGUACUGGUACUCUUACAACAAUUGCAACGGAUACCUCCCUGCCGGCAUUCAGAAGCGCUGGCUUAUUCUUCCUCAACUCAUUGUCUAUAUCACCCUCACUUAUGGCGCUCUUCGAUUCGGUGAAGUUGCAAUGGACAUCCUGAAGUCGCUCGGUCCCCUCUGGAAGAUGAUGAACCCGUUCUCCAACAGCGAACUUGUCAAGUUACAGGAACGACGUGAGAACCUCGCUCAGCGCGUGAAUGACAUCAUCAACGAACUCGGCCCAGAGAUGUACGAGGACUUCCACUCAAAGCGCAUCGUCGAGGAUCCUUUCGUCAAGCAGGAGCAUGCACCACCGCAAAAGUCGGACGAAGACGCGCGGAUAGAAGCAGGCCAGGAUGUCGAGACGUACGACUACCCCGCUUCACCAGGUUCUAUGAACGAGAUACCGCGCAACGAGUCAUUCCACGACCUUGCCAACCAGGACUUCUUCUCUAGUCGACCACAGACGCCGAAGAAGAGUAGGAGCAGGAAUAGUAGCAGUGCGAACCUGGGCGGCUUCCAGCUCAAACCUUUCAGUACUAUCGACGGCAAUCUGGACGAGGUGAAGAGGAGGUUGACAGAUGGUGUCAAGCAAAGGACACGGAAAAGGAGGAGUAGUGGAGAGGGAAGCUGGGACGAUGGUGAGGAUGGCGAAGAGUUGACCAUGGGGAGGAAAGACCGAUCGUAUACCAAGUAG